GUUUUGAGUAUUUGGUUCAUGCCAAUAUUCUUUUUAAAUAAUAUUGGGAAUCCUUUUAAUAUUUUCUUUAAAAAAUUAUGUGAUUAUUUCAUAGUUUUUGUGGUUUGUAGCUAUACAAGACCCUGCACAUCUGAUUUUUCUUACUUGGAGGUGCUUUCCUAUUUCCUUUUUUCUUAUUUUUCUGAGUCCCUUUCCAUAGUCUCUACGUUGUCCUUUUGUAGUCUUUUUCCAUCUCUAUGCCUUGUGCAUCUUCUAUUACAUUUCAUGUCUCAAAAUGCUUGUGCCUAUUUUCUCAGCAGACAUGUAACUUUAAAUCAUUGUUACUUAACAUGGUCUAUGAGUUGUGGGGCUUUAGCGAGAGUUAGUCAAUUUUAUGGGAAAGUUGAUGGAAAAUUGUCAAAGAUGUAACUGGUGAUAGUAGUAUGUCCCUUUUUAAAGUACUUUUGUGGCUGUAAAGAUUUCAGAAAAUGAGGAUGUGGCCAUGUUAGGGAAAUGUCAUGCCUAAGGAUUAAAAUGUGUCUUUAGCAUGUGACAGGAUCCUCUUAAGUAAGAUGGCCUUUUAAAAAGUGAUAUGAUGUAAUGCUUGAUAUAAAUAAAGGAAUGUAUGUAAUGUAUAUGUAAAGAAUAAAGCAUAAAAAUAUUUAAUGUUGCUUAUUUUUGAGCUUUAUAAAAAUAGUCUACCAUCGGUGGUCCUCUUGGACUUUUUUUUUUCUUUUUAAACUCAACCUGUUACUAACAUGAAGUUGUGGUUCUUUUUUUUUUUUUCCCCCACUGCUGUAUAAGAUUCCAGCAUUUGAAAAGAGCAUAAUUUAUCUCUCCCGUUUCCUGACGAUAGACAUUUGAGUUGUUUCCGUGGUCAGAUGAGUCUUCCUCCUCCUUUCUUAUGCCUGAAACCCUGGUCAUAUUACAUGGCAGGAGCUAUUAGGUUAUUGGGGUGGAGCAGUAGAUUACCAGAUCGAAAUUAGCAUUGGCUCCUAUAUUUAACAGGAAAUGUAAGUGCACAUUUGAAUACCAUGCUGAAGGAUAUAGUUUUAAUGCUGAGUUCUAUAGUAGAACAACCUGCUUUGCCUUCAUGCUGACAGAAUGUAUUCUAGAUAUAGAGAUUGACUUCAAUUCAGGAUUUUGAGAUUUCUAAAGUAAUCUAUUUGAACUUUCUAUAUAAAAAGUCUGAUCCUCACUUUUUAUCUCCAGACCCUUAUGUCGAACUGCCUGUAUUUCUGUACCUAGAGGCCUUACUUUAGGCAUCUCAAAUUCUAAAUGUACAAAACUGAAUUCAUUAACUCCAUCUCCAAUUGUGUACCUUCAUCCCCCUAAGUCACCAGCUAGAAAUCCUGGAGACAUUUUAGACUCUUUCCUCAUUCAUUUCUUGGUGUCCCGUCAGUCCGUAAGUAUUUUGGGUUCCAUCUCCUAAUUGUCUCUCAAACUUGCUCUCUCUACCCCAUCUACUAGUAGUACAUGUACUAGUACUGCCGUUUUAGUUCAGGCUUGCUUUCUUGAACUCCCAUAUCUUUCUCUCUUUGUUGGACAAAUGUGGCAGCCUCUCUGAGCUCUAUGCCUCCAGUAGCUCCCCAAAGUGAUCUUUCUAAAAAGCAGAUUUAUUUAUGUCUCUUCAGUGCUUAAAACCCGUCAGCGGCUUCCCCAUCAUCUUUGGGAUGAAGUAUAUACUCAUUAUUGUAGUACAAUGGUAAACUGUUAGGGUCUCAUUGCAGCUUACCUAUUCAGCCUCACCUUACUCCACUUUCCUACACCCUGUGCUCCUGGAAUGGACCACAUUCCUUCAUGCCUACAAAUGUUUCAUAUGCUGUUUUAUCCCCCUGGAAUGUCUCCUGUCUCCCUUCCCCUUUCUCCUUGUGUACUUGUGGCUGACUCUUACACCUCCUUCAAGACUCAGCUCACAUUUUAGUUCCAGGAAUCCCCUCUGACCCAACCUGCCCCUCUCACACAUCCCUACUCUUUGCCCCUUUUAACUGAGUUUGAUGCUGUGUCUUCUGCUUACUUCUAUAAUAGCACUUAUUAUACUCCAUUGUUAUUGAUGAUUUAAUUGUUUGUUUCUCCCUCUAAACUGGGAGCUUCAUUAGAGUGUAGCAGUUAGGGACUUGGGUCAGGUUGGUUUGAUUCCUGGCUCCAUCAUUAUUGUAUGGAUUUCGUUGUGUUCUUUUCACUUUUCUAUGCCUUAGUUUCUACAUCUGUAAAAUGGGGAUAGGAACUGUACUUAUCUUUAUUAAAAUAUGUGUGUCGGGGAUUCCCAAGAUGACUUCCAGGUUCAAUGAUUCACUAGGAUAACUGACAGGACUCAGCAUAUAGUGGUACUCACGUCUAUGAUUUAUUAGAGGGAAAGGGUACAAAACAAAAUCAGCAAAGAGAAAAGACCUGUGGGGCAAAGUCUGGAGGAAACCAGAUGCACACUUCUAAGAGCCCUCUCCCAGUGGAGUCACACGGGAUGUGCUUAAUUCCCCCAGCAACAGGUUGUGACAUCGUGUGUGAAAUGUUGUCUACCAGAAAGAUCAUUAGAGACUCAGUGCCCAGGGUUUUUAUUGGGGGCUGAUCACGUAGGCAUCCUUUGCCUGACAAAUAACAAAAUGCCAGGCUCAGAAGGAAAGCAGAUGUUCAGCAUAAACCAUAUUACUUGUCCAACUAGUUUAGGCGUGGUGAGCCACUAUUAUCAAGGAAUGGUGGGAACCCUCUUGCUAUCUUAAGUUCCCAGAUGCCAGCCAAGGGCCAACUUUACAAGUAGGCCUUUCUAAGGAUAGCAGUCCUAGGCCUUUAAUGUUGACUCUCUUCUGCAUAAUGUAUAAAGCAUUUAGCAUAGUGCCUGACUCUUAGUAAGCAUUUCAUAAUUAGUAGUUAACUGCUACUGCUGCUGCUGUUUUAGGCCGGGACUCUUUGUUACACUACUGUUCCUGGUGCUUAGUACAGUGCUGAGACAUAGGAUGUCUUACUGACAGUAAUAAUCAACAAUUUCUUAUACUACUAGUAAUAGAUGACAUUUAUUAAAACUAAUUAUAUGGUAGGCUCUGUUUUAUGAACUUGACAAGUAUUGAUUUAUUUAAUCCUCUUUACAACACUAUGAGGUAGAUAUUUGUUAUCGCAGUUUACAUAUAAGGAAAUCAGUUCACAGAAAAGUUGAAUCAUCUGCCCAAGUUUCAGUAGCUUAUAAGUGGUGAAGCUGGGACUUUAAGAAACGUCUUCUGACUCCAAAGACUCUCCUUUUAAUUUCAUACCGACUCUUAGUAAAUACAGAAUGCGCGAAUGACUGGAUGGGCAAAUGAAUAUUUGAAGUGAAUUGUUCAACCACCGUUAAAGAUAUUUUGGGGAUAAAAGAGAACAAUGUGAUUAAAGACUGAGUAUUAGAUAAUAUUUUUGAUUUUGUUAAGUGUGAUAGUGGCAUUGUUGUUGUAAAGGAAAAUGUCCUUAUUUUUAGAAAUGUUUAUCAAAGUAUUUAGGAUGAAAUGUCAUGGUGUCUGUUAUUUAAAGUACUUCAGCAAAUUAAAAAUAGUGAUAAAGCAAAUAUGGGAAAAUGUAAGCAAUUAUUAAAGUAGAUGGAGAAUGUUCAUUAAACCAUUCUCCCUACUUUUCUAUAUGUUUGAAAAUUUUUAUAAUAAAAAGCAAAAAGAUAAAUAUUACUACUUAUUUAUUAGCAAUAAUAAACAGUGCCAAACUAGUAAUAGUUCCCAUAUGUUUUAAAAUCAUCUGGAUUGUUAGGAGAAAUUGAUGUCUCAUUAAUGUAUUGAUUUAUUGAAAGCAUAUUAUGUGCUAAAGUCUUUGAUGCAUUUUAGAGCUUUAGAUUGCUAUCCCUUUGUUUUAUAGAUGAGAACACUGAAGCCCGGUAACUUUAUCAAUCUCAGUGAUAGAUUCUUUGUCACAGACACAGCCUUUGAUCCAUUACUACUCACUAAAGAACCCUCCCCCCUUAUCCUCGGACCUUAUCUUUGGUAAAAUAAAGUGAUUUUCUCUUUUUAUCAUUGUAAAUAUAUUUAUAUUAUGUACUUUGUUUACCACUGAUUGAGUGUGUGUGUAAAGUUUAUCUGUUUAGUAUUUUUAUAUCUCCUUUAUAUUAUAGAGGGAGAAGAUGGAGCUCCUCCUACUUUACAGAUAGAGAGGCUAGGACCCAGGCUUCCGAUGGAAGCAGCUCCAGAGAAGAUCUUUCGUCCCAGCUUUUAAGAAGAAAUGAACAGAUACGGAAAUUAGAGGCCAGACUUUCUGACUAUGCUGAACAGGUCCGAAACUUGCAGAAGAUAAAAGAGAAGCUUGAAAUUGCAUUAGAAAAACACCAGGAUUCUUCCAUGCGGAAAUUUCAAGAGCAGAAUGAGACAUUCCAAGCCAACAGAGCCAAAAUGGCAGAAGGACUGGCUUUGGCAUUAGCCAGAAAGGACCAGGAAUGGUCAGAAAAAGUGGAUCAGCUUGAAAAGGAAAAAAGGUUUCUGACAGCUCAGCUACAGGAAAUGAAGAACCAGAGUUUGAAUCUUUUCCAAAAGAGAGAUGAAUUGGAUGAAUUAGAGGGUUUCCAGCAGCAGGAACUAAGUAAAGUAAAGCACAUGCUUUUAAAAAAAGAAGAAAGUCUAGGGAAAAUGGAGCAGGAGUUGGAGGCACGAACCAGAGAACUUAGUCACACCCAGGAGGAGUUGAUGAUCUCCAGUCAGAUGUCUUCAGACUUAAGCCAGAAGUUAGAAGAAUUGCAGAGACACUACUCAACGCUGGAAGAACAGAGAGAUCAUGUGACAGCUUCAAAAACAGGUGCAGAAAAUAAGAUCACAGCCCUGGAGCGAAAGGAACAAGAGCUCCAAGCGUUCAUUCAGCGGCUUUCCAUUGACUUGCAAAAGGUCACUGCUGAAGCUCAAGAGAAAGAAAAACUCAUCACACAUUUGCAGGAGAAGGUCGCAUCCUUAGAGAAGAGACUGGAACAGAAUUUAUCAGGGGAAGAACAUGUGCAAGAACUUCUAAAAGAGAAGACAGUUGCUGAGCAGAAUUUGGAGGAUACCAGACAGCAGCUAUUGGCAACCAGAAACAUCCAGGCCACCACCAUUGACAUCCUGGAGACCCGGGUGAAAGAACUAGAGCAGACCCUGCAGGCUUCUGAGGAGAAGUUGAAGCACAGCAGUGAAGUCGUGGCUUCUCAGGAGGCUCAGAUUCAGGCGCUUUCCAGUGCAAACGAGGAAAGCAGAUGCGCACAGCAGCAGGCCAUCACUGUGCAGCAGCAGUGCAAGGAGCGCGUCCACGCAGUGGAGGCCCAGAUUGCUGCCCUGGAGAAAGCGCAGGCAGCUGACAAGACAGCCACAAAGCACAAGAUGAGAGAGCUGGAGCAAGAAAAUACAGCCCUUAAAGAAAGUAGGAAUGAAUGUGAACGUUCCUUACAACAUCACCAGCUUGAACUAAAGAAGCUAAAGGAAGAAUGGAACCAAAGAGAAAUUGUGAGCGUGGCGAUGGCUCAAGCCCUGGAGGAGGUGCGGAAACAAAGGGAAGAGUUGCAGCAACAGGCUGCUAACCUGACAGCAGUAAUAGAUGAGAAGGAGCAGGGUCUACAGGAAAAAACUGAAAUGGUUUUCCAGAAAGAGCAGGAGAUUCUCCAGCUGAAGAAAGGUCAUGAGUGUGCCCUGCUGCAGAUGCACCAGCUGCAGAGUGAGCUGGAGGCCCUGAGGAGUCUGAGGGCAGAGGAGCCCGGGGCAGCUGCUGCACCGGAGGACCUGCAGAGACUGCCUGACCAGGAGCAGGAGCCGGUCACCUUGAAGGCCAUGAAGGCCCCCGUGUUCCAGCUUUCAGCUGCGGAGGGAACACCAAAUGGUGAGGUCGGGACCAUGGAUCUAGGGCAGCUACAGAAGGAAAAACAGGACUUGGAGCAGCAGCUGAUAGAGAAAAACAAGAUCAUAAAGCAGAUGCAGCAGAGGAUGCUGGAACUCAAAAAGACUCUGCAGAAGGAACUGAAAAUCAGACCUGAUGAGCUUUUUGAGGUCCGCGAGAAGCCUGGCCCUGAGAUGUCAAACCUGGCCCCAUCUGUCACAAAUAACGCUGACCUGACUGAUGCUCGCGAGAUCAACUUUGAGUACCUGAAACACGUUGUUCUAAAAUUCAUGUCCUGUCGAGAAUCCGAGGCUUUUCAUCUUAUAAAAGCUGUGUCAGUGUUGCUAAACUUUUCGCAAGAAGAAGAGAACAUGCUCAAAGAAACUCUGGAGUAUAAGGUAGGGUUCCCUGGUCUGCUGUUCCAGUCUCCAAAUAGUAUCCUUAGUAGUCCCAGCCCUGGCAAAGGAGACUGGCCCCUGGAGGCAGGUCAGCAGCCAGAGCUGCGUUGUCAGCUCAGAAGUUGCUUUUGGUAAUGAAUUUGAUUCAGCCAAUAUUUAGGACAUCACCAACCAGCAAGCCUUGUUAUCUUCCAAAGCAUUUUCAUUGAUACCACUUCAUCAACAGCCCAAGUCUGGCUCAAGGCCCAGACUUUAAAAAAAAAACAGAAAAGGAAAAAUUGUUCAAAACUAGCUGCAUAAAACACUAUAAUUUAAAAAAAAGGAAAAACUACCUACAAUUCCACUACCUUGUUCUUGUCAACUAAGCUUUUUCUCCUGUAUGUAGAAUGGGCUCUUAGCCCUGCAGACUGGUUACUGGAACCGUCUUCUUCGCCUCUCUGUUGACAGCCAGAGUCAGGAUGUGUAGAGGGUGGGAGGGCCCAGGGAUGGGGACUGGGCUGUUUCAGUUUCUUCUGCACCAAGUCCUCAUUCUCAUCUCAGGAGACUUUUGUGUUUCAAAUACAGAUGUCGUGGUUUGGAUCCAAACCAGCUCCCAAGGGCAGCAUCCGGCCAUCUAUCUCAAACCCUCGGAUACCAUGGUCCUAGAGGGAACUACCCAAGGAGGGAGCUCCAUGGGGUGACACUUUUUCCGUGAAAAGAACACUGACACACCAGUCUGGGUGGGUUUUUAAUCACCAUAUCUGCAGUAUUUUGUACAAGCAUCUAAACAUUGUUUACAAGACUUAAGGCCCACUUCCCUGCAGACUGACAUAAACCUCAGGAGGUAGCUAUCCUGUCAUUCUGGUCACCAAAUGGGAGGGUCCCAGCACUACCCAGAUUUCCACAGUGCUGCUAAAAUCCCAGCUCUGGCGAGCACCCCAUCUGCACCUGAAUCCUCUGACUUUGAAUGUUAGCACUUAAAGCUGAAGCUGUCAGUAUCUGUCAGCAAGGAGGCAACCAAUUCAUCAUGUAGUGAUGAUGCUGGAGGAAGACAGCCCUUUGAAGUGGUGCCUGGCAGGCCCAGCCUACCUGCUUCUGCUGCAAACAGCCAGCUCAGUGGGGGUGUUCCUUAAAAAUUCCCCUUCCCUGUUAGCAUGUUUGGGUUCAGAUGAGUGAGAAGAGGCUUCUUAACCCUUCCUCUCAAGAAAACAUUAUUUUACCUUGUUUCUGAAACCACCUAAAACUUUAGAUGUGUACAUCUCUAAGGUACUCCGGGGCCAGUGGAUUAAUGAAUGUGCAGCUUUUGGAUGGUAUCCCAUUUUACUUACAGAAAAACUAGUAAAUAUAUAAAAAGAUCAUAAGGAUAGUUCCAAAUACACUCACUUGCCUUUUUAAUGAAUGUACUGUCUUGGGUAGGUUGCUGGUAAACCAUUUUAAACUGUUUUUUAUAGCUAAAGUUCUUCACUAUUUAAACAUGUCUUCUGUAUUAUAAAGUCCGUUUAACUGGUUCUUAAAGGAAAGUCAGAGCAUCGAGAGGACAUUAUUUCUAAAACUGGGAUUCCUGUCCCUUUGUAACUUCACUAGCCUUCUCUCUGAAGUAGUGGUGGUAUUUUACUUGCUUUGCUUUUAAUUCUGUGUUGUACUAACACUAAGCAAAUGCUAAUCACAGUUUUUCUCCCGUUGAGGACAGUGUGGCAUUUUCAAAGGAAGCAGCAGCUAACCCUCCCCUAGUCUUGACCAAAACAUUGGAAGCAGUCUGCCUUGUACGUAGAACCACCACCUCUCUCCUCACCUUACCCUUCCAUUCACACGUGGGGUCCAGACAGCCCCCAGCUGGCUGCACUACUUGGCAGCCUGCAGAUGGCUCUAGUAGUGACUGCUAGAAAACUGGUACUUGUUAUUACUACUGGAAAGGGAACAUGCUUGUCCUGGAUAAGCCACAAUAUGGAAUCUAAAGGCAAACCAUUUACUGAUCUAUAGUUUGAUGAAAGUUUCCUUGUUAAAUAAAAAACUGAAUUAAUAACUGGAGCUCCUAAAUUUCUUAUCAAUUAUCCAAUAAUGUAAAGUUGUUUCUCGAUGCUUAGGAUUAAAACAUACACAUAUAUAUAUAUACACACGUACACAUCUCACAGAAGAAGAUUUGCAGAGUUGACCUACUAAAUUUCCGUGAACCUGGGCAGCAUCACCUUACACCCAACUCAGCUGUCUGCCAUCCAGAUGAACUACUCUAGUUACCUACUUCCUUACCUCCUCAUGUGGCUCUUCCUUACAGGUGGCUCUUCCUUACAGAUGUCUGUCCCUUGUUUAGAAUGCUAUUUUCCAUUCACCUGGUGGGCAUAUGAAAUGGGAGUCCUUCUGUUUUGUAAUUUUGACGAGAGGUCGCUUUUACCAAAAAAAAGGAUAUCCUCCUUUUUAUCUGUUCAGGAGAGAAUCCCCAAGAGGUUUGGGUAGGUCAGAGCUUGCCAGAAGCAGAUAACGACACUCCUGUGGAAGCCGGGUCCAACUCCUUCAUGGCUUCUCCAGCCCUUGAGCUGGUCUCACAUGCCCCACCCCGCCCCUAGCUGGCAGUUUUAGGUGUGGUUGUGGGGCCCAUCACUAAGUCUGUACCUGCUUAGGGAGUAUUCACUCUGAUUAGGCUUUCCUCCUGCAUGUUGAAUUUCCUUCAGCUUUAAGAGGAAGAGUGGAGUAAAUAUUCUAAGUGAUUUAAUGCACUUUUACUUGUAUAAAACGUUCUGUGAUAGACAGUAUAUAUAGCCCUUUAUGUAAACAUUGGAUCUUGAUCUCUCAAUAUUGUAAAUACAGACUGUAUUAUCUAAAACUGCUGUAGAAAGUUCAUUUGUGAUGCAGUACACUUUUUGAUUAAAGCUCUUCAAUCCAGGUGCAACUACAGUGAGUUAUUUGAUAGAGUUUGGUACGCCAGUAUUUUUUGACUUGUUAAAUUAUGUGCAUUGUGUCUUGUAUUUAAUACUUCUAGGCCAACUUCAAGGGCUACAGAACGUUUGUCUUUCAGAAAGAACGUCCCAGGAUUGGGUGUGGUGAAUAAAUAUAUGUAAUUUAAUGAAGCCCACAGCCCAGUUCUACUUGCCAAGAAUUGUGGUGGUUCUGCAAAGUAGCUGUGGGGUAGGAGGAGGAUUGUGUGGGUGUCCCUUCCUGGAUCCCAGGCCCACAUGACUGGGAAAGGCUUCAGGAAUAUAAAUGGGGUCCUUAACUUUUAACAGAAUGCAAGCUGCAGUUACAUGUGCUGUCAUUGUUAGCAGUUACAGGAAACAGCAUUCUGCUUUUAUAUGUACAGUGUGAUGGCUACCUGUUUCUGGCUUUUUAUUCUUUGAAGAAAACUUGUCAAUAUAGUGGUAAG